CUUUCAAUAGCACCAGACCCACCUUGUGAAGAGCGGAAGACAAGGGUGCUCAGAAACACAAAUGAGUCCUAUCCUUGGAAAGAGGGUGAGGGUUUGGUGCAGAUUUGUUGGAUGGGUCAGUGGAGGUUUGUCUGUGACGAUGGAUGGGAUAUUAAUGCUGCAAGAGUUUUCUGCAGGGAACAUUACUUGCUUACUGAAGACACUGCUAUAACUUCUUUUCAUUAUCAUUUUGAUAUUGAUAUCAAUCAAGUACAUUACUGGCUGGAUGAUAUUCAAUGUACUGGAGAAGAAAACGGCUUGAUGGACUGUGAGCAUGAACGUCUGGGUAUUCACAACUGUGCACAGCAUGAGAUAGCGGCUGUCAUAUGCAAUGGCACCGAGCAAAAUUUUACACUUGAACCCUACCCAGGCGGGACAGCAUAUGGUCCAUUCUCUAACAAAGGUCUCAAACAAAUAGAUUAUGCAAUAGGAGCUGUUGCUACAGUUGAAGUAGGAGCUAUCUGUGGCCUGAUUGAAUUUGAUCUUGAAGGCAAUGGAACGAUCACCGUGGAGGUCGAUAUACUGGGACUGAAAGGUUUUCAGAGUGUACAUUGUUAUACACUUCCAAAUGUACAACCCGAGGUCACCACUCUAAAACAGCUAUGACGCGUCACUAAUGACAGUCGUUUGUCCCAUUACUGUCCAGAUUAGAAAAUCCAAGAGGAAAAUUGCAUGAAAUUAAGGGAGACAGAAAGUCAUUCAAACCCCACAAAGUUCCUCGGUUGUUACAGAGUGCCAUUUGUAAGUGCAGCAUUGCGCUGACAUUAUGGUGUUCUUUUUAGAAAUUGUUGGAGUGAAUUCGUGCAUGGAGAAGUGAAAGAACAGUAAUAACGCGUAGGAAUGUGUUGCCAGAGUACAGAGUACUAUUGUACAUGUGUGUAUAUUCAUGUGUACAUUCACUCCCUAACUCUCUCGAUUCGUUGUGAUGUUUUUUAGUCACAGAAAGGUAUGAUUGGGGAUUCAACAAUGAUGCA